AUGCGAGGAUUUCAAGGCGAGGGAGGCAAACAACAGCGCCGAACCAAAAAACCACGUACAGCUCGUGGACAGGCAUUCCUUCAAGAGAUUGAACAAGGAUCGCAAGAGUUUAUUCGUUCGUUAAACGCCCCAACAAACACCUUGCCUCACCCGAAUCAUAGUACAAACCAGCUACAUGGACUUGAUGAAGAUGAACAACGAUUUGAAGACGGCCGUGAUGGAUCUCACGACCGGGAACCCGAACAAAUUGAUCAUCGUGUUCAACAAUUGCAAGAUUAUCUUCAAAGCCAGGAUUACAUUCACCGGAAGAUUUUGGAGGAAAAACAGUGGGAUGAAGUAUAUGACCAAAUGUUCUCCCAUUUCUACGAGUGUGCCUCAAAAACUGCCUCUUGGGGUAACCCUGACAAUUGGGAUCACGACUGGAAACCACAAUGCCAAUGCACUCACCCCCGAUCCCGACCUGUUGUAUUUGUUGACCUUCUCAUUCGAAAACAGGAAACAGUCGGCUUUUGUGAUUGUUAUCCUGACCAAGUACGGCUUAUCCAGAUGGGCUACAUGGGCGGUUCCCCGAGGUUCCCCAGGACAGCUUUUUCGAUCCGCCUUCUCAGAUUUCAUCACAUCCUGUGGAAGAGAAGUGUAGUUGCAAUGUCCCCUUUUUCCAAAGCAAUCGAUGAAUUCCUUGAUGCAUACAACCCCCUGAUUCUGGUUAAAAAUAACACUGAAGAUUCUAAUUCAGCCUGCAGUACUCGGGAAUGGAGGAAGACUUUGUCCUCAGCGGUCGAUGCCUUCCGUGAGAUGAUCCGAAGAGAGAAGUGCAUAUUGGAUCUGAUGCUUAAUCUGGGACCAAUGGAGAAGCUAGCUGAUCUUUGUCCAAAGUGCUUUGGACCACACAUACCCGGAAAAAAGGAUCAUGAGCCGGAUUAUAUACUCUGCAUGGAUGGAAAUUUUCAACAUCGGAGACAUCUAAAAGCCAGUGUUGAAAUCCCCGAUAACAUCAAAAAUCCAAGCUUAUUUGUUCCGCCAGAGGAGGUUCAAAACAUGGAAACAUGUAUGGAACAAGGAAGUGCUGAAAACUCAGAAGAAGACUCAGAAAAUCAAGCACCAGAUCGAUGCACUGAGCAGCAUACUGCAGCAAACGAUGUGCGCACCGGAACAACCUGGAGGGAGUGCGAUGAAACUGGGCUUUUUGGCAUGGCAUGCCGGCAUGAUCAAAUAAUCAACCUUAUCAAUAUUGUCCAAAGUGGUGAGAAGUAUUACUUCCCAUUGACAAUGAUCAAUAAAAUCAUUGGAAAUACCAAACAGGGUGAAAGACAUACAAAAAAGCUUGCUUUUUUGUACGAUAUCGGAUGUAACAUUGAAAAAGGUAUAAUACGGAGAAAUCAAUUUCCCGAGCACCUUGAGCAUAAUCUUCUCAGUUUUGGAACAAGCGUCUUUCAUGCUUAUGUGCACCAGUGGACAUGUCAGCUCCGAUACAACCCAAGGUUGAAUGAUGGCUGGGGUAUGUCGGAUGGAGAAGGGAUGGAACGAAUCUGGUCAUUCUUGUCACCAUUGAUUCGACAACUUAGAUAUGCAACCAAGAACCACAGGCUGCAGGCACUUGAAAUACGGUCCCAACAUCACAAUGAUGUUGUUAACUUGCUUUUUGAACGAGGUACACAUGUUGAGGCAUUGAAGAAAAAAGCCAUGGAUGAGCUUCAUGUUCUCCAAGAGGAGCAUGGCCAUAGCAGUGAAUUUUUUGAGCAACAGUGGAUCCGUCAACGAGAAAUUCAGCUUUCAGUUAUGGAGACCGAGAGUGAAAAGGAAAUGUUGAAACAAAUUGAAGAACUAGUGGAAUUGGAGGAUAAACUCCGGGAGACCAAUGAUGAGCUACUUUUACUUCGGCAAACCAGGAGAAGAAACAGGACAGCCACUCAAAGGCAGCAGCUGGAGUUACUCCCCGAGACACUAAUCUACCUAGAGGGUGAAAUAGAAAACAUAAUUGUGGACCUUGGAUCAGAAAAUUUUCGCAAUUUGCCGGGAGCAACUGAUGCGGAAUCAAAGGCCUUGAUCAAAUUGAAAUUCAGUAAAUCUAAACUAUACGAAGCAAAGGUUGGGGUGAUUGAGAUGCAAAGGAAAUGGGAUCAAGGAGGAUCAGGUUUGACCAUCAUAUUACAAUUCAAUGGUUUGUCAGAAAUUUCUAACUCAAGUUUAAUAGGAACCCGAGUCCAAGAGAGAUACAAGAAGCAGAUGACUUCCAAAGUCAAUACCUUAAAGAAGAAAUGGCUCGCUUACAACAAUCGUGCAGAAUCUUACAACUCUGAAUUCUCACCUGGGAGAAUCUUAGCCACUCCCACGCUGGAUGACGUCAAAGCUUAUGGUAUAGACGAUGUGUUCUGGAAUAUGGGUGCACUCAGCCAUCCGGAUGAACCCUGGGCAGUCGACUUGAAUGUUCAACAAGGGAUUCAGGCCUACCUAACCCUAACCCACUGCCACGAUGAACUCCGUAGAAUUGCCCAUGAAACAAGACAGGCUAUACAAUGGGCGAUAAAGAUAGGCGGGGAUCUUGAUCAGAUUGAAAAUUGCUUGAUAGCAGAAACCCAAGAAACAGAUGUUCCAACCGAGAUACAUCAAAGGCUACCAGAAAUAUGCCUGGUAAAUCACAUUCCACUAUCAGUAUUACAGUCGAUCUUUGGACGCUUGGCGCAAAAGUUCUGUCGCUUAUGGAUGACAUGGAAUACAAAGUGUAAGAAGCUUUUGCGCUGGAGCGAAAAGUAUGUCAGCCAUCAAGAGAAUCCCAAUCAUGAGAUGGAAAUAAUCGAUCAGUGGGAAGUGCUGAUAAAUAACUCUAAGAGGAUGUGGGAGAAGCUGGUAAGAGGAUGCUCUGUUGUCACAGAAAUAGGAAACCAAGCGGAUCACAAUGAAGAAGAGAUUCUUGACCAAGAGGCUGUGGAAUAUGCUGAAGGGAACCCCGAUUAUGAAUGAUGUAAAUAUGUGGCACACCAUUGUUCAAGUGCAAUUCAUUUUUAUC